GGGAGAGAGAAAGAGAGAGCAAAGUCAGAAUCCAAAAGACAGGGAGAAAAAGUAUUCAAAGGAAAACAUUCCAAAAUGGAUGGGACGAAGCCAGUCAUGGAAUCUACCACAGAGGAAAACCAAGAGGAGAGGGAAGAAAGCAAAGGUUGCUUUGAAUGCUGCAUCAAGUGUCUGGGCGGCGUGCCCUAUGCCUCGCUGGUGGCCACCAUCCUCUGUUUCUCGGGCGUGGCUCUGUUCUGCGGGUGUGGUCACGUGGCGCUGACCGGCACACUGACCAUGCUGGAGAAUCACUUCUCUCAGAUCACCACUGACCACGCCACCCUCACCAUCGUGAUCCAGACCAUGCAGUACGUCAUCUACGGCAUCGCCUCCUUCUUCUUUGUUUAUGGGAUCAUCCUGCUGGCUGAGGGCUUCUACACCACCAGCGCCGUCAAGAAGGAGCUGCAGAGCCAGUUCAAGACCACCGUGUGUGGCCGCUGCAUCACAGCCACGUUUGUGUUCCUUACGUAUAUCCUGGGCCUGGCCUUCCUGGGGAUCUUUGGCUUCUCAGCCAUCCCAGUCUUCCUCUUCUACAACAUGUGGACUACCUGUGCUGCCAUGAAGUCCCCCAUGGCCAACAUCACCGAUCCCGACUCCAUCUGUGUGGACGUCAGGCAGUAUGGUAUUAUUCCAUGGAAUGCGACACCCGGAAAAGCCUGCGGAUCUACACUAGGAGACAUCUGUAGCACCAGCGAGUUCUACCUGUCUUUCCACCUGUACAUUGUUGCGUGUGCUGGGGCAGGCGCCACCCUCAUUGCAUUGAUCCACUAUCUGAUGAUCCUGUCGGCAAACUGGGCCUACCUGAGGAGCUCCUGCAACCAGAACGAGUACCAGGACAUCAAGACAAAGGACGACGACGUGGAGGAAGGUGGCUCCAAGGAGGGUCUCAACUCCUCUUACUCAUAAGAACCUGCCAACCACCCCUUCACACACUUCCUCACACCUAACCUCCAACCCCCUUCUGAGUAAAACCAACACCUGGGUCUCCUUCACUAUGGGCGGUGUUCUGACUUGAGAUAUGUUCACUCAACUCAAAUUUUCACACGUUGGCUACGUUUACACAGGGAGCACAAUUCUGUUAUUUUUUCCCACUAAUUGGUUCUAUGACCAAUCAUAUCUUUUCACAUCAACUCUUUUUCGGAGCUUAUCUGAUUGGUCAAAAGACCAAUUCGUGAACAAAAUAUCAGAAUUGGACUGCCUGUGUAAAUGAAAUGCAGCCCAUGUCUUCCAUUAACAUCAAUGGACAAUUUAAGCUAAGGUCUGAGUUGAGCACACUCUUCUCAAAUCUGAAUCAUGUCCUUUGUCCAAACAGGAGCAAACGUUUUCAAACGGAACAGGUAUAUGAGAAGUUCCUAUUGGAUGAACUCAGGUUAGGUGGUACCUCUUCCUGUUUGCUCUCGAUUGGACCGUUACUGAGCGCAACCCUGCUGCCAUAGCCUAACUGCUCUGAGUCAAUCACAGCACAGCACUAACACAGCGAAUAACCGCCUAACAACAAGGUCACUGUCUGCACAACUCCUGAGGAUGCGUGCCACAAAAUGUCCUGUUUCUUUGGUGUUUUAUAUAUAUGAAUAUAUUGUGCGAAUGUGUAUGUAUGAAUGUUUUUUUUUAUAUACUACUUCAAAAUAUGACAGGUUUACUAUUAUAUUUAUCUGGUCUUCUCUUAUUUCUGGUAUUUUUCUCCUUUGGUUAUCUUAUCGCAACCCUGUUUUACCUGAUUUAGUUUUUUGCUUUUUUUAUGGUAAUGCUUGUAUCAAAAAUAUAAAGAAGUAAAGUAGACUUCCAAAACCCAGGUGCCUCUCAUAGAAUAUAGUCCUACUAUUACAUUAACUUUCCCAAUCCUUUGUUGACAUCCAGCAUUUGCUGUUAAGUAAUUCUUCAUUUUGGCCUGAGGAGAAAAACGUGUGCUGUACCCUAACCGGAUUGGACACAUUCACUAAUGUGACUGUUGGCCCAAAGCAGCAGUUCUGUCAGCAGCUGUCUGCAGUGUUAACGCAUUACCUUGACCCGCAAGGGAAACAUCUAGCCUGGUCACAGAUCUGUUUGUGCUGUCUUGCUUCACACACUUGUUACAAGGCAAGGCCACAGCUGAAGUGAACAUAACAAAAGGCCCAAUGUUUGUUCAUUGUGUUCAUUGUACACAACUGUGAAGGGUGGAUUUCUUUCUCCUCCCGGUUUUUGGAAUCAUACAUUCACUUUCCUCAAGACAAGUCCACCCUUAAAGGGGUGAAGUUCACCUGUAAAUAUAUGGACCGCCCCAAAGGAAGUUUUAUUGAAUGACACGUCCUGAAUGUGGAGAGCACGGUCAAUGUUUAACCAUGCUAUUUUACCUUUGAUUAUCAAUAUGUAAAUGUUUCCUUUUGGAGUAUAUGUUUAGCAUCCAAUUACUUGUUCUGCAUUAAAUAUAAUAGUAAUGUGACAUCUUUUAAAACGGUAUGUUGUGAGAAGGAAGCAAAUACAGAGUCAUGAUGGCGGUGGUGCUUGUAUUGUAUACAUUUUGAAAUGUGAAGAAAAAAAAAUGUACAAAAUGGUUUUCAAUGUUUUUUAUCAGUUUUAGGCAGCUGAAUCUUUCCCUGUGCUAAAGUAAUGAAUAACUUGUCUUUGACAUUAUUUGUAAUUAUUUUACAAUGGCAAGUCAAAUGAAAGUGACUCAUCUGUCAUACUUUUAGGCCUGUUAUAUGAACAGAUGCCGUUUGGAUGUUUACAAUAUAACAAGUCAUGAAUUUUCUUUUUUCCCCCCAGAUAUCAUUUGAUUAUCAUGACCUAUUCUAUAAUAAUGAUCACUGAGUAGUUCAAGUGCUUCGGGCUAUAAGUUAUCUGCAUUUUAGUCUAAAUUGAGUUAGUGACACAGCCUUGUUCUGUUCAAUGUUCUCUACCUACAUACAGUAUACUCUAAAUAACAUGAAUUGGGGUAAGUUCAAACUAAUUCAAAAGAAUACAAGAUAAAAAUGGCUGACCCCAUUCAAACCAACGAGGGCUCGAAACUGUAAAGCCAAUUAUCUCAGAAUCAUCUUUUUGCAAGUAGAACCUUAUAGUCCCAAGUUAUCUUCCUCACACCAGUGAAACGAUGAUUUAUUUAACUUUCAUAUGAAAAGGCAUGUCGGUAUUGUCCACGUGUGCAAACGUCUAAAUACUGAAAAAAGGACUAUAAUCCCAUGUGUGUUAUGUUUGAUAUAAUACAGUGUGCUUUGCCACCAGGUUGAUGUAGGCAAGGGCAUGUGCCGUUUCAUAUAAGAUGCGUGUCAGUCAGGGUGUGUUGUCGUUUCCUCGUUAUUGCAUGAAGGCGACAUGACUGUGUCUUUGCAGUUUUUCAGGUGAUGUGUAGUCAAUUGUACUGACAACUAUGGUAGGCAGCGUUUGCCCCACUCAACUCUUUUUUUAAAGAUAUUCAUUGUACCUUGAUGACAUUGUAGACCCUGUAGUUGUUUCAUUGUUUUUCUUUUUAAAGUUUUAAAUAGUUAUAUGACUCCUGUAUAGUGAUGAUUUUUGUAACCUUCUCUAGUAAAACCGAUAUUUUAUCGUGAAA